AUGUCUACUCGUACAGAAAAUGGGACUCCACAUGUGUAUCUGCGUGCUUUGUUCGAUUACAAAGGCAAAGAAGAUGAGAGACAUCCUUGCCCCGAAGUAGCGCUUUCGUUUACUCGCGGUGAUAUCUUAGAACUUCAAGCAUGUAAUGAUGAUCACUGGUGGCAGGCUCGACGCAUUGGAAGUGGCGCUUUUGCGAACUGUGAGGAUCAAAAAGGUAACUUUAAAUGCUUUUGUUAUUAAUC